AUGGACUACAGAGGUGGCCAGCCCUGGUCUGACCCGGGCCGUCACUCCCACAGGGGUCAGGACAGGGAGGGUUACUCCAGGACUCAGCAGAGCGACCCCAGCUACCCGCAGCCCAAAGCCAGGGAGGCUGACAGGCACUGGACUCACCCCGAAGCCUUCCACAGGGCCGGCCUGAGACCUGAACCCUAUCCUUAUGCCUCUGGAUACGGGCGCCCGGACUACCAGAGACCCCCGUCCAGGUGUGUGCUCGACUAUGCACCCCAUAAUAACUGGGACUACCGGGACCGGGACAGCUAUGGGUAUUACGACUACUACAGGGGCCGACCAGAUCUCGUCCAGUGGGGUCCACAAGACCCCUGGAGAGCAGACCAGUACUACGAGAGAGCACCCAGGCUGGAUCUUCCCAGGAGCGUCCACCCGGAGGAGUACAGGUAUGACCAAGGAAAAGAAAACUCCCAGCACUACUAUGAGGACACUCCCUCCAGAGACAAUGAGGACGUGUCGUCUUUUUACCUGGGGACGCUAGAGAGCUCCAAGAACUCGGGCCUGUCCUCCAGCAGCUGCGAGCUGAGUCAGUACAUGAACGGCGCCGAACACAGCGAGCCGCAGCCCGCCGGUGAGCAGGCCGGUAAAGCCCAGCUGGUGCAUCGGGCGUCAGCCCCGCUGAAGUACUCCAUCCCUCACGCCGUGGUCAGCUUUGGGCCCGCCGGCCAGCUGAUCCGGGUCUCCCCGGCCCUGUCCAUGCAGGAGAACACCAGCCGCCUGGAAAUCCACAGCCUGGAGGUCAUUCUGAAUGAGACGCAGGAGCAACAUGAGAUGAGGAACUUCCCCGGACCGUUGGCCAGGGAGGACCUGCACAAGGUGGAUGCUAUCGAGUUUGCCCAGCAGAGGGCGGAAGCCUGCCUGCGGGACGAGAAGCUGCUGGACAGGAGCUCUGCUGCCCUCUUGUGGAACCUGCUGAUACUGCUGUGCAGACAGAAUGGACAAAUCGUGGGGUCAGACAUCGCGGAGCUGCUGAUGCAGGGCUCCCGGCCAGACGGCGGCCCGGAGUCCAACACUCCCACGCUCAUCGACUUUGACGAGGACGCCGCCGCCGACGCCCCCCCUCGGAGAGGCGACGACCUGCUGACGGGGAGCGCCAGCAGCUUCGGCUCGGACGGCUCUGAGAAAGCCCUGCGGAGCUACACCCGCCUGCUGCUGGCCGGCAGGAAGAAGGAGGCCCUGGAGGAAGCCAUGGCCGGCGGACUGUGGGGUCACGCUCUGUUCCUGGCGAGCAAAAUGGACAACAGGUCGUACACCACGGUGCUGAACAGGUUUACGGGCCAGCUGACGGCCAGCGACCCCCUUCAGACGCUUUUCCAGCUCCUGUCCGGGAGAGUCCCCGCUGUAGCCACGUGCUGUGGAAAUGAAAAAUGGGGCGACUGGAAGCCCCACCUGGCUGUCAUGCUCUCCAACGAGGCAGGAGAUCCCGCCGUCCGGCAGAAGGCCGUCACCACGAUGGGAGACACGCUGGCCUCCAGAGGCCUGGUCCACGCCGCCCAUGUGUGCUACACGGCGGCCGGCGCCCCCUUCGGGGUGUUUCCCUCCAAAGCAGAGAGGCUGGUGCUUCUGGGAAGCAGCCACAGACAAUCCUUUGGUCGCUUUGCCACAAACGCCUCGAUCCAAUGCACCGAGCUGUACGAGUACUGCCAGACUCUUCUGGACAAGUCUUCCUCCAUCCCCAGCUUUCAGGUGUAUAAAUUCCUGUACGCCAGCCGGCUGCUGGACUGCGGCCUGCCGUCUCAGGCCUUCCACUACUGUGAGGUGGUGGGGCUGGCCAUCCUCAGGCAGCAGGAGCCCUUCCUCGUGCUCACCGGAGAGGUCAUCAAGCUCUCGGAGAGGCUGAUGUGCUCGGAGGGGCAGUUGAAUGAGGGUCCGGGUGGAGCGGUGCAGGAACCGGGCUGGCUCAGACACCUGAGGGCUCGAUACCACAGUUUACAGAGAUUUGACGUUCAGAGUCCAGAACCAGAUUUCCUUUAUUACCAAAGCACAAAGGAGCCAGAAAGCCUCUUAUAUCACAGCGAUGGAAACACGGAGGAAGUGACGGCGGCGCCGUGGGACUCGGCGGGAGCUCAGGACUGGACGCCUGCCAGGGCUCCCUGCGUGCCAGCGCCGGGGGUCUGCCCUCCCCCCGCCCCCGCCGUGGCGGCCGGCCAGCACCUCGGUCAUCACAGCUCGGACAGCGCUGAAGUCCAAGGCGCUCAGUCACAUUGUCCUCAGAGCAACCUGCCGUCUGCAGCGGAGGGUCUCCAGGGGUCCUCCGGGACGGCGACGACGAGUCCUCCGGUGCUGGGUGUGGACAUCAGCCAGCAGAUAGUUUCUCCUCAGGGUUUUGAGGAUUCCAACCAAACCACUGACGCCCCGAAGCAGAACGCGAAGGCGGGAUGGUUCAGCGGCUGGUUCAAGUCCAAAGCCAGAGAUGUUCCAAAGGAGUCCGCAGAGCCUCAGACGGACGCUUUGCCCACGCCUGCCCUCCCUCCUAAUCCUCCUCCACCUGCUGCUGCAGGCCCUCCCAGCAUGUUUCCACCGCCGUCCUCUUCCGGCGGGAUCAACCCCUUUUCAAAGAAAGCGGGCCUGCAGCUCGGGUAGAAACCCAGACACGGAAGCUUUACUGCAGGGUCUCCACUUCUCCUCAGAUAUGAGUGAGGCUUUCAGCAGUGACUAAUGAUCACCUCCUCUGAGCUUGGCAGAACACCGCGGCCAUUAGCACACCUCUACAUUUCUGUUUUUCCCGAACGCUGCGCGGCCUUCCCCGCCAUCGCGCUGUCUGUCAGAUACAGAAAUACUCUGGAUGGACUCGAAUUGCAGUGGCUGAAACAGCUGAGGUGUGUUUCCUGAAAGCUGACGUGGGGACGCAGGACAUAUUUUAGGGAAGGGGAUAGCCUCACUGACCCCGGCGCUUCAACCAAUAAUGCCAGCAGCACCGCGGCCGGUUCGACCCUGACUGGAGAGGCUAAACUGACCUAAACUACGUGAUGAGCGGCCGUCAUCAGAUUUUUCAAACACAGAAAUUGACAAAUUCACAAGACCUUCCCAGCAGUGUAAACCUAAAGCAGCUUCCCUAGAAAACCCCCCAUGGUGCUCUGAGCCUGCGCUCA